CUCGUUUUAUAUUAGAAUCGUUUUUUGAAAUCGUUUUUUUUCCUUAAUUAACGCGAACUAAUGUUGUAUUUGAAUGACUUAUACAUGGUAUCAUAUUUGACUAUUUAAAAUUUUGAUACAUAUACAAUAUAUAUACAUACGUAUAAAUCUCGUCGUAACUACACUUAUUAUAUUAAGAAAAAAAAUUAUACAAUGUACACAUUUAGCGGAAACAAGUUGCCGAUAGCGAUAACGUUUUUCAAUUAGUACAAUACUUAGUUUGAAAGAAAUAGAAAUAUGUCUCGUCAUGAGACAUGUGUCAUAGGCGUUUCUCUUCUAUAUUGCAAUUAGCAGUUGGAGUAAAAUAAACUUCAGAAAAACGAUUUAAGGACAUUGACUCGUCCGAUAACAAGCUCUAUUUAUUACAUCUGCUAUUUGUUUAUAGAAGUUGAUAACUUUUAUUUUCAUAAUACAAUUCUCCCCUCGCACUACCUCGAUUUCAAAUAAUGGCAGAGAUGACUGUUUUGCGAGAUUUAGAUAAGACAGUUAAGACUGGGAUUUUAUGCAGUCAGAAAGUAAACACGAGACACUUAUACAUUUGAAUUUUAAAUUUGAACAUUAGAUUCCCUCGAUUAUUAUUCAAAUGUACAAACAAAAACAAUGUAUACAACAAAAAUUUUUUUAUAAGUAUAAUAUACUACCGUGCCUUUUGAUUACUGUUAUUAUUAUUGGUGCUACUAGAGCGAAUAACUUCUACGAUUAUAAUUCAAUAAUCUAAGAUCAUAAUUUUAUAAGCAAAUAGUAAGAGCAUUAAGAAAUAAAUACUUAUAAAUAAAUAGUGUACUUAACGCGUAACAAAUUAAGUAACAAUUUUAAAUAAAUUUGUUUGAGAAUUAAUACAAGUCAAAAAUUGUCAAAUGUCGUUAAUAAUUUUUUUUUUAUUCAAAUGUUUUGAUCCUGUGAUCAAAUUCGUCACAAUCUUGUGUUAAUUAGGUUUAACUUUUCACUGAUGACAAUUCAAUCUCAGAAUUGAAGUCUGAACAUUAUUUUAAAAAAAGAAUGUUUUACGCAAACGCCUGGUAAUUUAAUAAAUAUUGACCUUAAUCAAACUUUAUCUGAAGUUAUUUUUGUCUUCUUUUUUUUUAUAUUUAAUCGUAUUUUAAAUGCGUUGCGUCACGUAAAACAAUUGUGUCUUGUUUCUAGAUAUCUCUUCGAGAUAAACUUAUAAUUUUGUCCAGCUGAAUAUAUAACAAAUUAUUCAACAUAUACGUAAUUAAUGUGUUUAUCUUAUCUGUAAAUAUGUGCAAUUAACGUGUUUACCUUAUUUAGACAAAUUUAUCUUAGCGAGGGAACACACUGAACGUGAACUAUAGUCUGCGUAUAAUCGACCUUUCUCCACCUUGGACAUCAGUACAUUGGGGUAUAUCCGCGCAAACGUCAUCCACGUUCUCUCAGUAGCAGUUAGAUCUCCGAAUGAGUAUGUGGCACAUCGGUACCUAUACCACAGGUGUAUGUUAUGCCGGGAAUUCGUUUUUAUUUAACAUUAUUCAAUCUUUUUGUUCACUUUAUUUCAAAUAGUUCUACUUUUCCUAUAUAAUCCUCAGUUUUUUUAAUUACAUCACAUGUCUAAGUGUUAGUGUAGCGCGAUUUGACAAUUUAUUUAUAUUGCUUACAGAAAAAAUGACAAAGGAUGGAAGAGACAAUCCGAGCUUCAUCGGCGACGGUGAUAGUACCACGUCCGUUACGUUGGAAAAACAGCCCUCGAAACCGAGAUCCGGAGAGAAUAACGAUGGAUUUAGCUUCGAUUAUCGCAUAUCAGAUAAGAGACCGCGGUUGUCAUUGCCGCUGGAAGAAAUGUCGAUUGCGGAUGAUAAAAAAAAGAGAGCCACUUGGGGAAACAGUGUGGAGUUUCUAAUGUCUUGCAUCGCGAUGUCCAUUGGACUCGGCAACAUUUGGCGAUUCCCGUUCACCGCUUACGAAAACGGCGGCGGCGCUUUCUUAAUCCCGUACAUUAUUGUACUUUUCCUAGUGGGAAAACCGUUUUACUAUUUGGAAAUGAUACUGGGCCAGUUCACCAGCAUGUCCUCCGUAAAGAUAUGGGCUGCCGUACCGGGGUUCAAAGGUGUCGGUUGGAGCCAAAUGUAUUCGUCGAUUGCCGUCGGCACUUAUUAUUGCUCGCUGAUAUCGCUCACUCUGUUCUACAUUAUCGAAAGCUUCGCGUCGCAGCUUCCGUGGUCCACGUGUUCGCCAGAAUGGGGAGAUGGUUGCAGGGAUUCCGCCGGAACGUACAAUAUCACCACGAGGAACGGAACGAUGCCGAAGAGUUCCGCUGAACUUUACUUCACAAAAACGGUGUUGAAGGAGAAAGAGAACAUCGAGGAUGGCGUGGGGCUUCCGGAUUGGAAACUGACGAUGUGUCUCUUAGUUACUUGGGUCUUCAUCUGCGUGGUAUUGGCGCGCGGUGUAAAGACUUCCGGAAAGGCGGCCUAUUUUCUCGCCAUCUUUCCGUACGUCGUAAUGAUCUGCCUGCUAAUUAGAGCGGUAACACUGGAAGGCGCCAUGAACGGAAUCAUUUUCUUUAUUAAACCCGACUGGAAUAAACUGUUCGAAGCGAACGUGUGGUACGCCGCUGUCACACAGUGCUUCUUCUCACUGAACGUUUGCUUCGGCGGUGUAAUUAUGUACUCAUCUUACAACAAGUUCAACCACAAUAUCUACAGAGACGUUAUGGUCGUAACUACAUUGGACACGUUUACGAGUCUUCUGGCGGGUUUCACCAUUUUUGGCAUACUCGGCAAUCUGGCGCACGAGCUUGGCACCGAUGACAUUAGCAGUGUCGUGCAAAGCGGAACUGGUCUUGCUUUUAUUUCCUAUCCGGACGCUAUAACAAAAGUCAAUUUCGUGCCGCAACUAUUUUCGGUGCUUUUCUUCCUGAUGCUGUUCGUCCUGGGAAUUGGUAGCGCCGUCGCGCUCAACAGUUCCAUUAACACCGUUAUAUGCGAUCAAUUUCCGUCGUUGAAGGAUUGGCACGUGACCAUUGGAACGGCCAUAUUUGGGUUUUCGUUCGGCAUAUUUUAUUGCACACCCGGAGGCCAGUUCUUAUUAGGUCUGGUGGAUUUCUACGCGGGAUCAUUCAUAGUCUUUUUCUUAGCUACUUUGGAAAUAAGCGGCAUAUUUUGGAUAUACGGAUUGGAAAACUUUUUGGACGACAUCGAGUAUAUGUUACAAAAACGGCCAUCGGUAUACUGGAGAGUCUGUUGGGCGGUAAUCACGCCGUUACUGCUCGUUGGAAUUUUGAUUUACACUCUCGUUAACUUAAAACCACUGACUUACGGCAAUAUCUAUUAUCCGUUUAACGCUUAUGUUGCUGGUUGGUUGUUAUUCGCCUUCGGUAUUCUUCAGAUUCCAUUUUGGAUGAUUUAUGUGAUAUUAUCGAAAAAAAAUUCACAUGAGUCUGCGAUCAAGGCAGCGUUUACACCUUCGUCGGAGUGGGGUCCGAAAAACCCGACGCACAUGGUAUCCUGGCGCGAAUUUAAAGAUAAGAUGAGAAAGAAACGCGAAAAGCGCAAUUUUUCGCGGAUAAAACAAUUUAUUUAUGUAAUUUUAGGCUGGGAACACAAGAUCACGUAACAUACAAGUUUUUUUACUUUUAAUAAUUUAUUCACUUUAAAUACAAGAAGUGUUUAUCAAUAAGCUAUUAAACGGCGUCAUAUCACAGGGCACGAAUAAUAUUGAAACAUACACAUAAUUGGUGUUCGAUGUAAAGUAAAUGUUUUUAAUCCAUAGUAUAUGUAUAUGUGUGAGUAUAUGUAUAUUGUAUGUAUACAUGUAUUCACACAUAUGUAUAAUAUAUAUAAGCAAAUUUUUUUAAUUGUACAAAUACUUGGAUUGGAAGCCUAAUGUGCAUAAUUAUCAUAGUACGAAACUGACGGAAUCCUAUGGAUGGAAUAUCGAUCUAAUGAUAUGGUAUAGUUAUUCAUCAAGAAAAUUUGUUUAAACAUAUAAAUGCAUAAGAUAUUGUUAAGAUAUCAAAACGUAGCAAAAGAAAAAACACAUAAUGGUUAAUAUAUUAUAUAUACAUAAGAAAUAUUUUCAGUAAAUCAAAUGCAAAGUAACUGAGCCUGUAAAUUUGCUGCUUAUAUAAAUGCGACUUACGUAGGAAGAUUUCUAUAUAUGAUUUUUUUCUUACAUUGAUUGUAUUAAAAAUAGAAAUCUAUAUGUUGUUAUUUGGCCAGUAUCGAAAAAAUGCAUGACGAUUUUUUCAAUUUUUAAAAUCGCUAAAGAGACAACGUCGCUAAACUAAUGCCGAUCAGCUAUUUUAUUAAAUAUUGAACUUUACAUUAUUAAUUUAUUUAUAACGGUCUAAAAAAGUAUAUUGCUGGCAAUUUUAUAAUAAAUCCUAAAUAGUUGUAAUUGUAGAUUAUUCAUUAGAAAUACUGACCAAUAUUUGUGUGAACAAUUUUUUUACAAUAAUAAUAAGCCUUAAGAACGUAGCUCGUUUUCAAUCAAGACGUUAUAUCGCACAAUUUGAGUCACAAUUAUAUUAUAUAAUCACACACGAUAUCUUUACUUCAAUUGUCUUUACUUCCAGUGUUGUUGGCAUCACAAAUAACAAUUAAAGUAAAUAUAUUGCGUCUAUAUAAGAAUAGGCGGAUCGAUUAAAAUAUGUAUCUAUUAAACUAUAUAACAUUUUUUUUUUUCCAUAUCCUUAAUACGAUUGUCACAAUAAUAUAAAAUCUUAUACUAUUAAUUGUGACUA